GGGGCAGGGUCGCUCGGAGGCUGCGAGGGGCGGGCCGUUCCGGGGGUGGCGGUGCCGGAAGAGCAGACCAGCCUUGCCUGGACCUGAUCUGCGAGACUUGCUUGAACCUCUUUCCAAUGCAGUCAUCUUGUAUGGUUUGAACUUGUCCUGGAAGCUGUGCAUCACCAUAAUGAGGCUUGUAAUUCUUGAUAACUAUGACUUGGCUAGUGAAUGGGCAGCCAAAUACAUCUGUAAUCGCAUCAUUCAGUUCAAACCUGGAAAAGACAGAUAUUUUACACUGGGUUUACCAACAGGGAGUACACCAUUAGGAUGUUAUAAAAAACUAAUAGAAUAUCACAAGAAUGGAUUCCUUUCUUUUAAAUAUGUGAAGACCUUUAACAUGGAUGAAUAUGUAGGACUUCCCAGACAGCAUCCUGAAAGCUACCAUUCUUACAUGUGGAAUAACUUUUUUAAGCAUAUUGAUAUAGAUCCUAAUAAUGCUCAUAUCCUUGAUGGGAAUGCUGCAGAUUUACAAGCAGAAUGUGAUGCAUUUGAAGAUAAAAUAAAAGAAGCUGGAGGAAUUGAUCUUUUUGUUGGAGGAAUUGGUCCAGAUGGUCAUAUCGCUUUCAAUGAGCCGGGAUCCAGUUUAGUAUCAAGGACAAGAUUAAAGACCCUAGCAAUGGACACCAUAUUGGCAAAUGCUAAAUAUUUUGAUGGAGAUUUAUCAAAGGUGCCAACUAUGGCUCUAACAGUUGGUGUGGGGACAGUGAUGGAUGCUAGAGAAGUCAUGAUCCUCAUAACAGGCGCCCACAAGGCAUUUGCUCUCUACAAAGCAAUAGAGGAAGGAGUCAAUCACAUGUGGACUGUUUCAGCUUUCCAGCAGCAUCCCCAAACUAUUUUUGUGUGUGAUGAAGAUGCUACCUUAGAAUUAAGAGUUAAAACUGUGAAAUACUUUAAAGGUUUAAUGCAUGUGCACAAUAAACUUGUGGAUCCACUGUACAGUAUGAAAGAAGGAACUGAAGGAGAUUGGAGCAAAAUUCUCCUUGAAUGAACAGAACUUCUAUAACAUGAAUUUGCAGCUAUGCAAUAUUAUAAAACACGGGAAUUUUUGAAGAUUGUCACUUUUGAAGUCCAAUAUCUAUGUUAAACAUUCCAUAUUUAGAAUGUGUUCAUUUUAUACUAGGGUUAGAAGUAGUUGGGUCAUAUAAUCAGCUAUUUAUUUGAAGCCACAUAGUCGCUCUAUAAAACAGCACAGAAAUGAAAUGACUGUUUAAACAUUUAAAAAGUUUUUAAAAUAAUAUUUUUAUUGAUUUCAGAGAGGAAGGGACAGAGAGAGAUAAAAACAUCAAUGAUGACAGAGAAUCAUUGAUUGGCUGCCUCCUGCAGGUUCCACACUGGGGAUCAAGUCCAAAACCCAGGCAUGUGCUCUGACCUGGAAUCAAACCAUGAAUUCCUGGUUCAUAGGUCGACACUCAACCACUGAGCCACGCCCGCUAGCCUAAAAAGUCUUAUUUUUUUAAUUUUAUUGAUUUUUCACAGAGAGGAGGGAGAGGGAUAGAGUUAGAAACAUUGAUGAGAGAGAAACAUUGAUCAGCUGCCUCCUGCACACUCCCCACUGGGGAUGUGCCCGCAACCAAGGUACAUGCCCCAGACCAGAACCGAACCCGGGACCCUUCAGUCUGCAGGCCGACGUUCCAUCCACUG